ACGGGUACGAUAAGCAUCCUCAGCAAUUACAAGGUAAUCGGCAGAGCAGACAACAUCUUCAGAGCAAUUUGUGGAUGUUUUAACUUUCUUGAGUGGGUUUAUUUGUAGAAGCAUAGCUUAUCGGCCGACUUUGUUUGGUAAGUGAAUGUUGCUCCUGUACAGGUGAACGAGCGGACUAUAGUUUGAAUGGGUAUUGAAGAAGGAAAAAUCUACGCCAAGAAAGCAAGUUUCCAAACAAUUUCCAAAAAGAAGCACGGGGUAUUUCAUGGACUAUUUCAGAGAAUGCCGGCAGUCUAAUCUUAAAAUUGAGAAAAUCAUUAAACCUACUAAGUGAUAAGCAGAAUUUCCACAAUAUUUCGACUUUGUAAAGGCUAGUGCUUUUGCACAAGAAGCUGCCCUGUUAUUGCAAUUUUGUUUUAAAUGUUUGGGAGUCAAGAUCACCCGACAAGAAACAUCCGAGGGUUGAAAGUUGGAACUUUUGAAGAAGAAAUGGAUCCUGUUCGUUCUUGGGUGCGGAAUGUCGGCGUUAUUGAUGCAAACAUAGCGGCACAGAGUGGAUUGGCUUUAUCCCGUGCUCACUUUGAAAAGCAGCCUCCCUCCAAUCUCAGAAAGUCCAACUUCUUCCAUUUUGUUCUGGCACUUUAUGACCGCAAUGGACAGCCUGUGGAAGUGGAGAGGACAGCAUUUGUUGACUUUGUGGAGCAGGAUAAGACGGGGGAAAAGACCAAUAAUGGAACUCACUACAAACUCCAGCUCCUCUAUAGUAAUGGUGUUCGCACAGAACAAGAUCUUUAUGCACGUCUCAUUGAUUCUGUCACUAAACAGCCUAUAUCAUACGAGGGACAGAACAAGAAUCCAGAAAUGUGCCGUGUUCUGCUUACUCAUGAGGUCAUGUGCAGUCGCUGCUGUGAGAAAAAAAGCUGCGGCAAUCGUAAUGAGACACCAUCUGACCCUGUCAUCAUUGACAGAUUUUUCUUGAAGUUUUUCCUAAAGUGCAAUCAAAAUUGUCUGAAGACAGCAGGGAACCCCCGAGACAUGAGGAGAUUUCAGGUGGUUUUGUCGACCACAGUCAGUGUGGAUGGUCCUGUACUAGCCAUUUCGGAUAAUAUGUUUGUGCACAACAACUCCAAACAUGGACGUCGCUCUCGUAGAAUGGAUCCAAAUGAGACAGUGGAGACUAGCAUGGAAUAUGCUAUUCCCUGUAUCAAAGCCAUCAGCCCUAGUGAAGGUUGGACUACAGGCGGGGCUAUGGUAAUUGUGAUUGGGGAAAACUUCUUUGAUGGUCUGCAGGUGGUUUUUGGGAGCAUGCUCGUGUGGAGUGAGUUAAUCACUCCUCAUGCUAUCCGAGUUCAAACUCCUCCUCGACACAUACCAGGGGUUGUAGAAGUUACGCUAUCUUAUAAAUCUAAGCAGUUCUGUAAAGGAGCUCCAGGGCGCUUUAUUUAUACAGCACUGAAUGAGCCAACUAUUGACUACGGCUUCCAGAGACUUCAAAAGCUGAUCCCUCGACAUCCUGGUGACCCCGACAAAUUGGCAAAGGAAAUGUUACUUAAAAGAGCAGCAGAUGUUGUUGAAUCACUCUAUGGAAAUACAACCAGCAAUCAGGACAUGUUGCUAAAACGGGCGGCAGACAUAGCCGAGGCUCUGUAUAGCAUGCCACGACCUCACAGUCAGCUGCAGGCCAUGCCAAGUUCCCCUGUCCAUGGAAGCGUUAUGGGCCUCAGCUCUUAUCCCACCCAGCUGGGUGUAAGUAUGGGAGAACCUGUGCAAACCAGCAGCCAAGGUUACACUCGAAACCCAAGCAGUUUGUCACCUCGGGGCUACCCUUCAGCAUCGACCCCUCAGCAGUCAGGUUAUGGAUCCAAUUUAGGCAUGAGUGCGAGUUACGGAGCCGUGCCCAUGAGUAGUCUGGGUGUUUCAGGGUCACCUGGCUUUAACAGUUCUUCACCAAACAGCUCUCCUUAUGCUAUCAUGCCAUCUAGCCCCACUGUACCUGGCUCCAGUUCUUCAUCCUCCCUUUUGCCCUACACAUCUUUCCCAACCUCAAACAAACAAAAAAGUGCCUUUGCUCCUGUCCUGAGACCACAGGGUUCACCAUCACCUGUUUGCCAAACCUCAGGAGGCUCCAGCUUUAGAGCAAUGACAGGCCUUGUGGUUCCCCCAAUGUAGAUAAUGAGUCUUUUCCAGUCAUAAGAUCUACAGUUAGUUGCUAGAACUGGACUGACAUCAAUGUUGUCUUCUUCAAGCCACACUGAGUGAAAAAGAUACAGUUGUAUAAUCUUCUGAUGAAGACCCAUCAAGAGUAUUAGAGACCACAACGACAUCUUCAAAAGAUUUUGGGAACCUUCUUAAAACAUGUCAACUCUAUGCACGCCGGUUGCUUCUGAUUGUAAGAAGGUUGCCAAAGGGAUGGUGUUACUAAAAGUUACUUCCAGCCACAAAAUGCCAAAAGAGGAUUUUUUUUUUUUUUUUUUGAAAACAUGUUACACAUGUCUGGCCAUAUGUUCUCAACAGACACAUUGAUCAAUAGACCGCAGUAGAUGCCAUUAAAAAGGAUGUCAGUUGUGUCAAAACAGAUUUUUUUUUUUUUUUAACUAUAUGCUGAUAGAUCUACAUCCCUAAACUGAAAUUGUGUUUUUGAAAGCAUACAUCAGGCUUUUCAUUUAGAGAAACAGAAAAUGUCUAUUUAGGUUUAUGAACGGAUUACCUCAUAUAUUUACUUAUUUAAUGACAGAAACUAUAUAAGUUAUAUUUUUAGUUUAAGUACUAAUAUAAGGAACCGUAAUUGUAUUUGCUAUUUGUUAUCGAAUUGUAUUUGUUUUUCUGUAAACAUUUUAAAUGUUGUCAUUUUGUUAUUCAUAUUAAAAUAGUGAUUGUAGAUUUUUACAUGUAAAAGAGUUUUGUUGUUAAACAUACAAGCAAUAUAUUGGGGCCAGUUUGUUAGAAAGUAAAUACCUUGUAAACAUUAAGUCAAGAGGACAAGAACAUGAAGGAUUAAGUAGUUUUACAUAUUCAGUUAAAGAUCAGAAUCUACACUAAAUUAAUCAUCACCACUCUCAUUAUCUUAGAUCGGACACUAUUUGCAGAGUAUGCAUUUGUAGCAAUAUAUCUGACCUUGUUAUUUAUGAAUGUUCUCAUAUUAGUAGCACUUCAAAAAGUUUUUUUUUUUUUACUCUUCCACAUGGCCAUUAAUUUUUUUUUUUUUUCAAUGUUACUUUAAACAAACCAAAGACAGGGCUAUAGUUAGAGGAAUAGUUCACCCCAAAAUUAAAAUGUGUUGAAAAUGUAUUUCCCCUCAGGCCUGAUGUAGAUAAGUUUGUUUCUUUAUUGGAACCGAUUUGGGGAAAUUUAGCAUUUUAUCACUUGCUCACCAAUAGAUCCUCUGCAGGGAUGGGUGCCGUCAGAAUGAGAAUCCAAACAGCUGAUAAAAAUCCACAAGUAUUCACAGUAAUCCAGUAAUUCAUACAAAGUGAAAAGCUUUGUUUGUUAUAAAUGUUUUUAAAACCAUUACUUGAAUCAGGAGGUAAAUGUACACCGAUCAAGCACUGUUAACAAGUAAAAACAGCUCUAAACAUAAAUGUGGGUGGAUUUUGGUUUAAGAAGACAACAAGUGAUAGACUUUCAAUAAAGGAAGUGUUUUAAUGGAUUAUAAAGUGGUAUUUUGGACAGAAGUGAUGGUUUACAGGUUAAAAUGUUUUGAUGAAUGCAAUGUUUGCAUCAUAAAAUGUUGACUUAUGGAUUGGAGUCAUGUGGAUUAGCUACUUGUGGACUAUUGUGUUGUUUUUAGCUGCUAUUUGGAUGCUCAUUCUGACGGCACCCAUUUGCUGCAGAGGAUCCAUUGGUGAGCAGGUCAUACUAAAUUUCUCAAUCUUUUUUCUUUUCUUUUUUUUUUUAUUUUAUUUAUUUAUUUGUAUUUAACCAUGUAUGCCAUCAAGUGCAUCAAAAGGUGUAUUGAGUGAUAGAGAGCUUUACUAACAGGUUUAAGCAAAAGUGUCCAUAUGUCUUUCACUGACGAAUAUAGAAAUAGUAUUGACAAACAGGAUCAGUAAAUUCAAUUCAAAUUCAGAGUUUCUCAGUAUUGAUGAAAAUGGUCACCAGAUUUGAAAUGAAGAAUGUAUACCUGCAAUGCUUUUUGUUCAUUCUUAUUAACAUAAGUUAGCAGAGGAAUUUAA